AUGAGUAGGAAGAAGGAGAAGGAAGAUGUGGACAUGGAGGAGGAGGAGGAGGAGGAAGAAGAGGAGGAGUGGGAGGAGGAUGAACCUUGGAGAAAUUCCAAGGGAAGGAAGACUGGUGGGGGCACCACCUCUUGGGCUAGGCAAGCCAGAAGAGCUGCCAAGCAAGCCAAGAGGGUGGUGAUGUCCACUGGCAAGCCCCUUGAAAAAGGGGAGGAAGCCCUUGCAAAAGGGAAACCCCUUGAGAAAGGGAACAAGAACAAAGCCCUUGCAAAAGGGACACCCCUUGAGAAAGGGAAAGCCCUUGCAAAAGGGCAAAAUGAAGCCAGGUUCCAGGAGCUGAAGGACAAGCUGACUAAGAGCCUCAAAAAGGGGAAGCUUGGUCCCAGGCUGGAAACUGGCACACCCCUUGAGAAAGGGACAGGUGCAAGCAGCAGCAAUGCUGCACCCCUUGAAAAAGGGGAAAAAAAACCUCUUGAAAAAGAGGAGGCAACAGCCCUUGAAAAAGGGCAAUUCCUUGAAAAAGGAAAUGUUGCCAAAAAGGUGGCAGUUCUGGAGUCAAAGACUGCCACCAACAAGCAGGCAAAAUCCCUUGCAAAAGGGAAGGAGACUGCAGCCCUUGAAAAAGGGUCAGAAAAGAAGCAGUCUCCUGAAGCCCAAUCAGAACCUUUGGCUGUGUUGGUUGAUUGGCACCAUUGCCUGAAAAAUGGUCCCCAGGACACUGUGCUGGUCCAGGACCUCAUGGCCCUGCAGAAGCUCCUUGACAAAGGAGUGGAGGUGCAUGUGCUCUCCUUCUGUGGGGCCAAGCAGGCCCCCAAAGUUGAAAAGGAAAUCUGGGACAAGCUCCCAGAUCUCAUUGACCAACUUCACUGGUGGGGAACCUGCACCAGUCGCACUGGGGUGGGGGGCAAGGCAGAGUAUGCCACAGAGUGGGGCUGCCAGGUGGCCUUUGAUGAUUCAAAGGACAUCUUGCAAGAGCUGGGCUCAUGGGGUGUCAAAACCUAUGGCAUCCAGAAGAAAAUGCCAAUUUCCAAGAUGGCAAAACCCUUGAAAAAGGGAAUUUUGAAAAACAAGCCCUUGCAAAAGGACAAGCCCUUGCCAAAGGGCAAGCCCUUGCCAAAGGGCAAGCCCUUGCCAAAGGGCAAGCCCUUGGGAAAGGGCAAGCCCUUGCCAAAGGGCAAGCCCUUGCCAAAGGGCAAGCCCUUGCCAAAGGGCAAGCCCUUGGGAAAGGGCAAGCAUCUCCCCAGCAGUGGCAGCAAGUCCUUGAAAAAGGGCAAGCCCUUGAAAAAGGGCAAGCUGUGUGCUAAGAACCUCAACAGACUUGGCAACCUUUCUUUGCAAGAGAAGGUUGCUGCAGUUUGUGAGGAGCACACUGAUGAAGAAGAUGCUGCCAAGGCCUUGAAAAAGGCCAUGACUCCUGCAGAGAAUGCAAAGGUCUGGAGCCAACACCAGACCCACUUGAAGAGAAACCCCUUGGAAAAGGGGGAGCAUGAUGAGAGAGGCAAGCUGGAGAAGGGGUUUGCAGCUGCCCUUUGGCUCUUGAAAAAGAGCUCUGCAGGAAGCAGAUUUCUCCAUGUCAAGGAAGAGGUUGCUGGCAGCACCUCUUGGAACAAAAAGGAGAAAUGGAGCAGCAAGAAGGAGAUGUUGAAAAUAUGGGAAGAAGAUGAGUUUGAAGCUCAUCUGUCCUCAGGCAGGAUCCGCUGGAGAGAGAGUCCCACCACCUGGGGUGUGUGGGAGUACUCAGAUACCCAAGACCUUGAGAAGAACUUCAAGGUCACUAAGGGUAGAACCACUGCCAGGGGUGUGGAAUAUGAUCCUGCUGAGCAGGAGGAGGAAGCCUUUGACAGCCUUUGGUAG